AUGCCAGAGCAAAGAAAGUCCAAAAUCUCAGCCUCCCGCAAGCUCAUGCUGAAGAGUUUGAUGGUAGCCAAGGCCAAAGAGGAGCUGGAGCAGGAGAUUGUUGACAAGGAGGAGGAGAAAGAGAAAUACCUGGCAGAGAAAGCCCCUCCCCUGCGAACCAGUGGCAUGUCCUUCGCAGAACUCCAGGAGCUGUGCCAGGAGCUACACGACAAGAUCGGCGUGGUCGACGAGGAGCGGUACGACAUCGAGGCCAAAGUCACGCACAACACCAGAGAGAUCAAAGACCUGAACAUCAAGGUGCUGGACCUGCGGGGGAAGUUCAAGCGUCCCACCCUGAGGAGGGUGAGGGUGUCGGCCGACGCCAUCCUGCGCUCGCUGCUGGGCUCCAAGCACAAGGUCUCCAUGGACCUCAGGGCCAACCUCAAAUCCGUCAAGAAGGAGGACACCGAGAAGAAGCGGCCGGUGGAGGACAGUGACUGGAGGAAGAACGUGGAGGCCAUGUCUGGGAUGGAGGGCAGGAAGAAGAUGUUUGAUGCUGCAAAGGGCCCUGCACAGUGACAAGGUAUCGACGGAAGACGAAACAGCGGGGACUCAAGACUCCACCAAAGCACGCUUAUGAAGACAUUCGCUUUGUGUGUGUCGUCCCUUCAUGUAGUAUCAGCGUUAAACUGAGCGAAGACUGUAACAGGUU